UGUGUUAUUUUGAUUUUAAAUAACCUUACCAGACAAUUUUUCCAAAAAGUUACAAGACUAAAAAUAUAAUUCUACAAGAAGAGUAAAAAAAUUGUAAAUUUCAAUUGAUGGUAAUUAGAUAGUAUAAUUAAUUAAUAAAACACAAUGCAAAGCAAUAUACCUUUGAAGUCGGUCCAGUUGGACGUGUCAUCGGCACCGAAAUUAAUAAAAAACGACGGGAUGUUCAAAGAACGCGCACUGAUGGCCCGCAAUGACGUCUGGCACCGGAUAAAAAUUAUCCAUGGAGGUAAAUAUGACAAAGAAUUUGUACUAAAGUCUAUUCUCACCGCAGUGGAACCAGCUGACCUGAUACCUGUCCGUUAUCAGUCAACCGGCGUAGACGACACGUGUUUCAUCGCACGAAACUGCGGUCCAGCAAUCGAAAAAUUAUGCAAAAGUAAUUUGAUUAUCAAGAUUCCCAACUGCGAUCCUCUGAUUCUCGUGAUAACACUCGCGUUCGCAUCAAUACAGGACCUGAAAGUCGCGAUCCAGCCGCUGCUGAUAGCAUCCUUGACCAAGAGAUACGACGCUGCCAAGAAAAGUUUGAAUUUAAAAAAUUUCCACCGUCAUGAAGACAUCGCUAAACAUGUCUACUGUCCGCUGUCACAAACGCGCACCUUCAGUAAUGUUUUGCGACUUUCCAAGACCGCUCUUGCACCAUUUGAGUCCUUGAAUCUUCAGAAUAACGACCUAGCCUGUCUAGCUGCCUUGGAAAGUCCCAUCUUGUCGUCAUUAAAAAAUCUUGAUUUGAGGAACAACAGUUUAAUGGGAAUUGAAACCCUGACCCCGAUACGGUCAUUGGAGAUAACAGAGCUCUGGCUCGAUGGUAAUCCGCUCUGCGAAAAUUAUUCGAGUGCCACCCAGUACAUUGAGUCGGUUAAAAAAUACUGCCCGCAUUUACUAAAACUCGACGGAGUCCACCUGGAAAAGCCCGUGGAAAAUCAAAGUAUUCCAUCCACUGUUGAAAACUAUUUUCCUAACCGAGAUGUUGAGAGUUUGGCAAAACAAUUCGCCUAUCAUUUUUUUAUAAUUCACGACCAGAUGGACAAGUCAACCCUGCGGGGCCUCUAUCACAAGCGGGCUUUAUUCUCACUCACGCUGAAUAUAAACCCAGGAACUUCGAGGAAAAAUCUCGGGGCCUACAUGAGUGACAACAGAAAUAUGAUAAAUCAGUCAGAUUUAACAAGGAAUCGAGAUUUGCUGUACCUCGGACCGGAUGAAAUAAUUGGCGCGCUGAAAAGACUCCCACGUUGUCUUCAUGACAGAACGUCAUUUAACUAUGACGUUAGUUUUGACAAUCGAGUGACUGUUGCUGUCACCGUCAACGGGCACUUCAAAAUAGUCAACUCUGGAGGGCAAAUCCUGUCAUUCAAUCGAACCUUCAUUUUAAUGGCACAGCCGGAUAAUGAAUUUGUUAUUGUCAAUGAUCAGUACCACGUUGACACCAACAUCACACGUCCGAUUUCACCGAAUUUUGAAAAAAGACUGGCUGAAGACACUCAUGAAUUGACGAGCAUGAGUCCGCGGGAAAAAAAUGAAAUGAUUGAGAAACUUGUAAAGGUCUCGACAAUGAACAGAGAGUGGGCCUUUAAAUUUUUGGAAGAAAACAGGUGGGAAUUGAAACGCGCGAUCAUCAACUUCAUGAACGCCUACGGCUCUUCUCAGCUACCUAAGGAUGCGUUUUGAUUUUUUUGUAUUUAUUUUUUAUAAACUGUUCAUUGGACGGUCCGAGUACAUGGACACCAUCAGCAAACUUGGGUCGAGUAAUUUGAAACACUACAAACAGUACCUCGAGCCCUGUCCGUCUUCAAGACGUCGGUGGGGUGAUCAGAAUCUUUGAAAAAAAAAAUAUAUUUAUUUGGAUUGUAAAUUUUGAAAAUAAAAAAGUUUAAACAAAUGACUGACAUUUAAAUUUUUCUAACCAAGUUAUCAAUUCGCGGUUAAUAUGAGUGAUGAGUCUGAGGAUUGGGACGCGACGUUUCUGUCGGAGUAUAAAUUGAAUUUUAUUAAGAGGACACAGAAAAAAGUUCAAAAAUUUAUUCCUUAUGAUUGUUACGCGGUAACGAACGAUGAGAACCAAAUCGAUCCCCACGUGGCUGCUCAAUGGAAACUGAGUGACGAGGAAUCGAAAGCGUUGAUUGACAAAAUUAUAUUAGAAAGACUCAAAUCUACUUACGAAACUGCUUACCAACAUCCAGGAGUUAGCGAAGGUACUGAGUCAGAAAAUUUGAAAUCUUCUAGGACAGGGGAAUUCGAUAGCGAAUAUAAAAAAUAUUUAAAUGAUUUAUAUUUAAAACCGAGUGAGGGAACAACUUUGGCAGCCCCUUCGACAGCUAAAAGAGGUAGAAAUACUAAAUAAUUAAUGAUAAAAAUAUAUAUAUACAUAGACUUUGAUAAAUUUAGUUUACGGGAACUUGCGGCCAAGAUUUUUGCGUCGAGUUCUAUCAGUUUAUCAAGACACUUUUGGACGUACUGCCGCCGAAAUAAUAUUUAAAAAAAAAUAAUGUUACUGGAAAUAGAAGACGAAACACGGGAUUUUCUGACGACUUACAGUAGAGACUAUCGGGAAAAAAAAAAUAUCUAAGAGAAAAAAAAUAAUUCCAGCGAGGGAUAAUGAACACUAUCUAGAGUAUCCCGAAGAGGUAUCGAGAAUAAAUAAAUCUUUGAAAAAAUUAUUUACAAAUUUAUUUAUAUAAUCUGUCAAUCAUUAUUAAAAUAAUAUUAAUUAAUUAAUUUCUCUAGAGUGCUAAAUAAAAUAUAUUUAAUAAUAAUUUUAGCACCUAAUACACUCUCAUAUCAAUAAUUUGAAAAAAAAAAAUUAAACUUACAAUAAAAAAAAAAAUUGCUUGACAAAAACAAUACAAAAAAACGCUUCGCUUAUGAGGCGUGCAAAACACAUAAUAAACUAGUAAUUACUUAUUACUGAAACUUAUAUUGAUGUAGCUGUGACUGAAUGGAUUUCAAUGCGCUUAUUGACUAAUUUCUUAGCUCAUUACUAAUUCAUUGAAUGAAUAUGUGAACUGCCAUUUGAGGAAGCUGCUUCAUUCUCAUUUUUCAGUGCUUUUACUUGCAUCAGUGCCUCAUCUCGCUGUAGUUCCGCAACUGACGCUUUUUUUUUAGCCUGUUCACUCUCCAAUUGCCAAGCCGAGCAAGCGGCACGUGCUUGAUUUAUCUUCUCAUCCCAAGUAGCCAGUUGAGCGCGACUUGAAGUCAACUCUUCUCUCAACCUCUGAACCUGCAACUUAUUGCCUUGUAUUUACCACUGUUCAACUUACUUUUCCCUUUACAAGUAAUAAUAAACAGGAGGGAGAGACAAAGUGGAUUUUCUAAAAAAAAAAUUAUAAUAUUAUAAAAUUAUUGUUUUCCAGUCCCCAUGUAAAUAUUUGGUGUUAACAUAACCCAGCAAUAAAAAGAUGAAAAUUUUUUUUUUAAUGUUGGGCAAAAUGGGCUUCUCUAAAAAAAUGAAAACUUUGAAUAAUAAUUUUUGGGUAGCCCGCACUGACCCAUCAUAUCCAGGUUAUUUUUCAUGAAGUGCUCCUAAUGGCUGUGUACGCGAUGGCGAUAAUCCUUGACUUGCAAAUCAAAUUGACUACUAUUGAAACCGCUGAGUUUUGAUGUCGAGCUACUUAAUUGAGAUAUAUGAUUAGAAAAUGGAUCUGAUACUGAAUGACUUAAAAAUGGCAUCGUCUGCAAUAAAAUAAUGAAAAAUUAUUUUUAAAUUCAUAAAAAUUAUUCAGUAAAUUAAAAAAAUAAAACUUACAGAUUCAAUUGGAUCUUGAUGGGAAAAUCUUAAUCCAGUUAAAAAUCCAGCGGAUUGUAAAUGCUGCAGUGGACUAGACGUAGAAGGUGAAGAAUUCAAUAAAACCGAGCGCUUAGCCGUACCGGGAAUAUUAAUUGGCGCAGAACUAUCGAGUAAUCCAGAGCUCGCGAGACCCGCAGAUAUUAAAUUGCUUAUUGGAGAGUUGGUGACUCAGUGCAUCGAGUCUACUAGAUUUAAUGGGUCGUCUAAAUGCAAUUCGUCCAAUGCGUUACCUAAAAUCAAAAUUACAAAUAACAAAUCGUUAAUUGCAAAUUCUUGUGUUUUGAGUAUUAUCAAUAAAUAAAUAUAAAAAUUACUCAGCUACUGCUGAUUUAACAGUAUCAUUUGGGUAAAAUGAACUACUUGAAAGUGGUGAUACCGUUGAUGCUAACGAGUGUCCCAAUGAACCGUUUAAAUUAUAAGCCAACACAAGACUUUGUUUACGUUGUAAUUUUUCAGAUUUUGUUAAUAUUGGACCCUUUUCUAUUGCUAUUAAGGUAAGUGACCCCUCUAUUUUAGCUGAUCGGAUGUAUAUAAUUUAUUCACAUCUAUUCUAAAUAUUUAUAUUUAUUUUGAAAUAUAACUUAAUCAAUUUGUUUAUUUAUUUUGACAUUAACAAAUUAAAUUGACUUUUUUGCAUAUAAAUGCUGAUAAUCUCAAAAGAAAUAAAACUAAGGUGGCCAAUAGAGGGGUCACUUACCUUACUUGCUUUAAUUUAUUAUUAAAAAAAAACUUUUUUUAAUUCAUAUCAAUCCCCAGAAAAUUAAUUAAUUACUAUAAUAAAGUUUAAUUAAAUACUUACAAGUUGGAGCGGCAGAGACAGCCGAUCGGUUCUCGUGUGGCUCGGGCGAUCACCGAAGUUAAGCAGCACCGAGCAUGGUCGCAACUUGGCUGGGUGACCGCUUAGCCACGCGUUGAGCUCGAUCGGAGGUCUCUGGGCGUUCGGGAUGAAGAUCCAGUGAUCGGUAAAAUGGGAAUUUUACCGAUCACUGGAGCCUCACCCAAACCGAACUGUACCCUGAUAGCCAAGUUGGAGAGAAACUGACGUGAAACUACAGCCGCAUCUGGACACCACGUUGCCCGUAAAAGUUGAUACUUCCAAAGUUGAUCGACACUUUCUGAGAAAGUUGGUGGCAAAAGUUAGAAAUUCAAUAAGUUGCCGGUAAAUUGCCUCGCAUUUUCUCAAGAAACCUGCAUUCCAGUUGCGGCUCCAUACUGACGUCAACUUUCUCAGAAAGUGGUGGUAACUUGUAGCCAAAAGUUGCAAAUGCUAAAGGUGUCGACGGGGUGUCGUCAAGUUGGUCGCAAACUAAUGAAUACCAACUUUUGUACGAGAAACUCUGGUUAUCAGGGUACUGGCAAUGGUUUUCUCUGUGGUUUCCCUUGCCCCUAUACCCCCACAGCCAAGGUGGAGGAUAGGGUAUCACCGUAAUGGUACAGUACAGUAUAAGCACAAGUCGGGCCACAGCCGCACAAUGAAAAGCAGAUAAAGAAAGGAAGCAGUUACGAUGUAAAGGCAAAAAGUGUAAAAGGUCGUACAUGCGGCUAUACACUGGAACAAUUAUAAAAAAAAAAAAUACUUACAAGUUGUAAAAAACGAUUAUGAUUAAAUAGCGUACUAUAUAACAUAAAUAUAUUUAAUAUUGAUAAAUUCGCGUAAAAAUCUAAUUAAGAGAGCUGGAUGUUGGUAGAGUAUCAUGUGUAUAGAAAUAAAAAGUACGCUUGUAAUUGUAUGUAAUUUUUACAACUUCCUGUUUAAUGAAAAAUUACAGAGUUUAUACUUUACAUCGAUUAAAGACCGACAUAAAAACUUUUUGAACAUAUUAAAUAGAAAUUUAAAUUAUAAAUUGAAAGUAAGUAAAUUCUUAGAGUAACUCCUUAUUGAAUGUUUCAAUUAAAAUGGAAAAAUGCAAACUCAAGUUAAGCACAAAAAUUUGUUUAGAAAACAUUAAAUUUUAUGAAGAAAAACCUUGCUGAGAUGAAUAAAUGAAUUGCCAUCUAGUGAUGCAAAGACAAUCUAGUAUGGUAAAAUCUUAAUUCCAUCCGGGAAAGCUAAAGAAAAAAUUAAAAGUGAUUUAAUUAUUGAAAUUAAAUAUUUCAUAAUUAUUAAAUAUUAAAUAAUUAAAAUUUAAAAAUACAUACGUUUUUUAAAACGGUCUUUAUACACCUUUUUUUUACCACUGGGUUUUGUUAUAAUCAGUGUACCAUCACGUGUACAAGAAAAAUCCAUUUGUGAAGUGCACGACUCACUUAUUAUUGAAUCUGCGUUUAUAACUAACAUAAGGGAAACACAACGAACAGCCAAUUUUUUAACCUCUUCAGCGCUUUCGUAAGUAAGAUAGUGGUUGGUGAGGGAUAAUUCACACAUAUAUUUUAGUCCUAAUAAUUUAUAUUUCGAAGCAGCUUCUAGCAAAGAUUCUGCAUGAUCAUCCAAGUCUUUGACUUUCCCAGUGUAGAUAAAUUCUAAAACUCUUUCAAAUAUUUCUGGCAUGAUAUCCGUAACAACCAAUUGGUUAUUAUUGUUGUCAGACAUUUGUUGAUGAUCACCAAUAAUUUUAGAUAGUGUCGGACAUCGUAUUUCUAUAACAGUUUUAUGGACUGAAAAUUUAACACCUUGCACAUAAAUCUCAAUGUCACCGUCACCUUUAAGUGGAUACAAAUGCGAGAUGUCAUCUAAAUUCACAACUUGUUCAAUUUGACAAAAUAAUUCUUCUAAAGGAAAUAUAGGAUUCUCAUCCAAGUAAAUGUUGAGUUCGAUCAACAAUGUCAAGGUAUCAUUGGGCAAUAAUUUAUCUUUAGUGUUUGGUAAUUUGGCCUGAUUCUGAAUAAUGCUGUAACCAACUGCAGGUCCAUAACAAUAAGUCGAAUCAAAUUUCCGGUUUUUACGUCCAAUGAAAAACUUAUUUUCGUCGGCGUCGACCAGGUAAAAAUUACAGGUGACAUGAUUCUUAGGUUUUAAUUUUUCAACAGCGUCGAAAUAUAUCUGGAAUCCACUAUGCAAUUCAUUAAAACGAAAAUCCAACUUGACGUACCAGUCAAUUUCAUGAUCUUGAAAAUUUGUAGAAAAGAAGUAAGUCUCUUCGACAGGACCCACUGAAGAAUCAAUCUUGCACGUAUCUACUUUUGCGAAUGUUUCACUUAUAUUUUCUAAUUUCCAUGUACGAUAUUCUGUAUGAACGUUUCGUUCUAUCUUUUUUAACGGCAUUUUUAAACUCGACACUUUUUAUACUUAACAAUUUUUUUUUCUUAAUUAUAUUUUUUAAAGAAACACGAGAUAUAGAGCUAAAUAUUUUUCACGUAUCAAAAUGACAGCUCGACUGUGAGUGAGAGCUGAGAGACGCCGGUUCAGGUUCACACGUCAUACGCCUCUGCUGGUCACCAAUUUCAAUAAACUUCAAUAAACUACCUGAACGCCCCUAUCGAGCCAAGGGAUAAUUACAAUAAACGGCAUAGAUUUGAAAACUACACUUACAAUCAGCGGCGUGUAUUCAUACGGCUCGUUGAAGUUGGCCCCUUUCAAAUUUUUUUUGACACUUUUUUGGAAUUUGGUUAUUAUAAAUCGUUUGUCCGUCGUUUGUCCUUGAAUGUUCGUCAUUAAUAAUUGUUUGUUCUAAUUUUGUUUAUUUAUAAAAAAUUAAAUAAAAAUUUACUUUUUAGUUAGCCUCCCUAUGCAAAUUAUAAUUUUAUUCUAUUAUAUUUGGUCUAUAAUUAUCUAUAAACGUUUAUCCGAUCAUUAAUUGCGUUUGUCCUAUUAUGAAAAACAAUUUUUAACUAUUAUUUAGUCAUUUUCAUUUUAAAUGGAAUACAAAUACUCUGAAACCUAGUGCUGGAAUCUGCCGACAUCUCCACUUGCUUUUAAUUCCAAGACGCAGUUAAUCACGUCCUGACAGGAGUUUUAAUCGAUUCGAAUUUGUGCGAGGUCACGUUCCAGAAAAAUGCUGGAAAUUCGACCUUGAGCAUGAUGGCAACUGUUAUCGAAGCCAAUAUUGAAAGAGAACCUGCCACUAUGGAAUUCAGAGUGUUCCAACGAACCACCUUGACAGGCGAAUCGCGCAUCCACUUUGGAGAAUUUUUCUGGGAUCAAUGGUUAACAAUUUGUCGUCCACAGGACGUAGUUAAUCGUCAGCAAGAUGGGAUUCCAAACUGGGCUAGAGUCGCAGAUCUUAUGAUUUCUAACGACGAUGGAACCAUAGCCGAUAACCGGGUCGUAUUAUGGAUCGACGUCGGACUACGUACGAACCGAGAAUAUCGAAGUCGAUAAUCAACUCUGGUUUUGAAGAAGAUUUAUAUUUAAAAAAAAAUGAUGUUUAUCAUAUUAUUUAGUACCAAUAUUUUUUCAAAAAUUAAAUCAUGCAUCAAAUGAGAAUGUUUAGUAAACAGUAGUUAUAAUAAAUUUUCUAAUAAUUGUAAUAAAUAAUUAUAAAAAAGACCAAAUGAAAUUUUAAAAUUUUUUUAUCAGACUUUUCAAAACUCCAAGUCAAGUAAAUUAUUAAAACCGUAGUUUAUCAAAAGAGAUUUAUUUGCUUUCUUUAUUACAGAUUUAAUUAGAAAAAUACAUAAUGAUCCAAAGAUACUUCAAUCCAUUAAUCUGUAAAAAUAAUAAGUUGAUUACAAAACGCUACUUUCAUAAAUAAUAAUCAUAAUAAAUAACAUAACUAAUUACAUCUAAAAUUUUUUUUUGUUAUCAGACUUUUUAAAAUCGGUUCGCGAUAAACUUAAAUAUUAAAUAAAAAUAAAAAAUACAAAGCUUAAAAAUUUAUAUCAUUAUAUUCACUACAGUAUUUUUAGGUGCACAAUUUAUUUUAUUAAUUUUCUUAGGAAAAAAAAAAAAAAAAAAAAACUAAA